UCUCCAACCUCAUGAUGUUGGAUACCUUUCUGGUUGAAAAUCCUGGUCUCUGUCAGAUAGGCUCUUGCCAGACCAUUACAAAGUUCAUAAAACCACUAGUUGCAUCCAUAGCUUCGGUGGCAGUUCUUGCAAUGACAGUCUACAUUUCUUUGAUGCUCUGCAAACUUAAAAGAAAACAUCACAGUGAUUCCAAAGCGAUGUUGCCCGAGAAAGAUGGUCAGAUUAAAUUAAAGAAUCAAGGAUUUUCUCAAGCUGAAGUUCAUAGAAUUACCAAAGACUUUGAAACUGAAAUUGGAGAAGGGGGAUUUGGGAAGGUGUUCCUUGGAAGACUAAAAGAUGGUACCCACGUUGCUGUCAAGUUGCUUUCUGAGUCAUCGCAGCAAGGGUUUGAUGAGUUUCAAUCAGAGGCAAAACUAUUAUCCCUUAUUUAUCAUAAAAAUCUAGUGUCUCUCGUGGGCUAUUGUGGUGAUGGUGACAUGAGAGCACUGAUUUAUGAAUACAUGGCAAAAGGAAAUGUCCGGAACCUACUGUCAGAUAACAACCCAAAUGUUUUGAAGUGGAAUGAGAGACUUCAAAUUGCAUUGAAUGCAGCAUGUGGAUUGGACUAUCUACAUAAUGGUUUUAAUCCACCAAUAAUUCAGAGAGAUAAAAUCUUCUAACAUCUUGAUAAGUGAAAAUAUGCAAGCUAAGAUUGCUGAUUACUGUCUAAAGCUUUUGCCAAUGGUACUGAUACUCCUAUUUCAACUCAACCAACAAGCACAUUUGGUUACCUUGACCCUGAGUAUGUUGUUAUAUUAUAAAGUUUGUUAUCUUUUUUUCUUUUCCCCAAUCCUUUAAUAUAAUAGCUUAUUAGCAUUAUGUUCAUCAUUCAAACCCAUCUAGCUGUACAUAUAUAAAUUGCAACUUAAAGUAAUCCACAGCUUUGAAAUGUAGCAUUGAUUGUUGAAAAUAAACUAUCUGCUUAGCUUAAUUAAUUUCUUCAAUGACUAAUUAAUAACCUUGCAAAAUUUACAGAUUCCAUAGAUCUGGAAACUUGAACAAGAAAAGUGAUAUUUAUAGUUUUGGAAUAAUUCUACUUGAGCUAAUGACCGGCCAGCGAGCAAUAACUGGGACACCCGAAGGCACAUGUCACAUAUCGGAUUGGGUGAAUCCAAAGCUUGAGAUUGGGGAUAUCCAAUCCGUUGUGGAUCCAAGAUUAGAAAGAAAAUUCAGCACAGCUUCAGCAUGGAAGCUUUUAGAGGUUGCCAUGUCUUGCAUAGCACCAAUAUCAAUCCAAAGACCUGACAUAAGUUUUGUUGUAAUUGAUCUAAAGCAAUGUUUGGCUAUGGAAACAUCACUUGAAAGUGAAGAAAGCAGCAGUUUAAUCUCAAGCACUACAUUGGAAACAAGUUAUUCUCAGUCUAGAAUGUCAUGCUCACCUCCACCUGCUAGGUAGGAUUGUUUGUAGAGGCAUGGUCUUUCUCUGAAUUUGAUUAUCUCCAAUCCCAGCAGAGAGAUUUGUUUUGCUUUGUCAAACUGUUUGUUUGUUUGUUUGCUUUGUUCUAACAAACCCUUUUCUACAAAGUUAUGUUUGGUUCAAGCAGACAGAGAAAAAAUUUGCAAAUGAGAUAAUAGAACUGAGCAAAGCCAAUAUAUACGUAUGUAUAUGCGUUGAAGGUUUUGUAUUUGUUGUUUUUAAUUGGUCUAAUGUGCAAACUUGCGCCGAA